UUGUGUACUAAAGCUGCAAUUUCUAAAACAUUUUAUCACUUCUAAUCUAGAGUUUGUCCUGUAAAGAUGUCAUCAGUAAGAGUACCCGUGCUUUUACUAAUGGUCUGUUUAAGUCCUUACCUCAUCCAGGCUAAAUCGAAGUGGUCUAAUUCUCAGUCUGACUAUUCUAAGGAGAGUCAACCUAACGUUAUUUUCAUCUUGACAGAUGAUCAAGGGUACAGAGAUGUCGGCUACCAUGGGUCGUUGUUUGACACUCCAAUAAUUGACAAAUUGGCAGCUGAAGGGGUGAAGUUAGAAAACUACUAUGUCCAGCCAAUCUGUUCGCCGACUAGAUCACAGCUUAUGACGGGUCGAUACCAGAUUCGUUAUGGAUUGCAACAUGCUGUUCUUAACCCGUACGCACCGGCUUGCUUACCUACUGAUGAGGUGACACUAGCUCAGAAGAUGAAAGAAGCUGGUUACUCAACGCAUAUGAUUGGUAAAUGGCAUCUGGGUUUUUACGAAGAGGCGUGUCUUCCCAACAACAGAGGAUUCGAUACCUACUUGGGUCUUUUGGUGGGCGGAGGCUACCAUUUUAUCCAUUCUUUCCCGACAACUCAGCACUACGACUUCCAUCGGGACUUCUCACCUGCAAUAGAAUACAACGGCACUUACUCUACUCAUGUAUUUACUGAUGAAGCAAUCGACAUCAUAAACAACCAAGAUGAAGAUACGCCUUUUUUCAUGUACCUGUCCUACCAAGCACCCCACUCUCCUCUUGAGGUACCAGAGAGAUACAAGGACCCAUACCGCAGUAUAUUUAAUGAUGAAGACAGACUUAUCUACGCUGCUAUGGUAUCUUGUUUAGAUGAGGGUAUCGGAAACAUUACAGCUGCAUUGAAAGCUAAGGGAAUAUAUGACAACACUGUCAUAAUAUUUUCUAGUGAUAAUGGCGGACCUGAAGGCGAAGGUGAUGCGGGUAACAACUGGCCACUGCGCGGACUCAAGAACUCUAUGUUUGAGGGCGGUAUACGAGUUCUCGGAUUUGUUCACAGUCCACUGCUCUCCGACAAUGUCAAGGGAUCUGUUAGCAAUGAACUAAUUCACGUUAGUGACUGGUUCCCGACAAUCGUCGAAGGUAUCGCUGGUUAUAAUACAAACGGAACUAAGCCACUAGAUGGUGUGAACCAGUGGAAAUCUAUAAGAGGUGGAACGUGCUCUCCUAGAUUUGAGAUUUUGCACAAUAUCGACCCCCUUACAACUGUACCUGGUGGGGGCCGUGAUUGGGUGAUUGAGAUGAGUCCUUUCGACGUAACUAUCAAUGCGGCGAUAAGGUAUAGAGAUUGGAAACUUGUCACUGGAGAUGAUGGAAAGACAGGGUGGUAUGCACCCCCUGAUACUGGUAUCGAAUCGAUCGACGGUCCACCAACAACUGAACAAGUGGUCUGGUUGUACAAUGUUAAGAAAGAUCCAACAGAAAUGAAUGACCUGUCAGAUGAACACCCUGAAGUUGUUAAGUUCUUGUUAACAAAACUUCAGAAGUACUACUUAGACUCGACACCUGUAUAUUUCCCCGCCCAACAGCGAGGACAAGCUGACCCGUGCUUGAACGGCAACAACUGUAUCUGGGGACCAUGGACACCGGUGCAAACAUAAUAACUUGUAGGCCUACCAGACAUGGCUGUACAAUUAUUUUUUUAGAUAAACAAAAGUUAUUUUUAAGACACUUUUAAUAAAAGAACACGGAAUUAGUAUUCUUUCACAGUGUUAUUAAGAAGUAAUAAUGAUACUAUUAACAAUAAUAAUUAAACUAAUAAUUUGGUAUUUAGAUAUCACAUUUCGCACUUUGCUUCUAUGAGCUUUAAAUGAAUUAUAUUAAUAGUAUAAUACAUCACAUUUGUUGUGUACAAUUUAAAAAAAAAUAGAAUAUAAUCUGUUAUCAAAAGGUGUAAGGGUCGAUGUUGAUAAUGUUUGGAGCCUUGAUAAUAACAAUAAUAAAUUAUAACAAAUAGGCCUAACCAUGAUAAAAAUAGUCAGAUAAUAAAAAAACAUAUGAAAGGCCGGCCUCUUCAGAAAAACGUCACAGAUAAGAAAAGCAUUUACAUACUUAAUAGUACGACAAAGACCAUUAACAUUAUCCACAAAGAUAUAAAGAUUGUAGAUUCAGCUUAAAAAUUAAAUGAGCAACAUUUAAAAAAAUAACUGUGGUUAAAA